AUGCCAGAGGAGUCAUCGCCAGAACGUUCACGAAGUCCCAGUAGAUUUUCGAAGUCUAUGUUCAUAGCUCCUAAGGCAUUUGUGAGGAAAAGUUUAUCACCAGUGGAUCACAUUUACCAUUCAGUAGCGGAUUUACGGUUUAGUUCUUCGAACUCUGAGACUCUGGAAUCUACGCUCCAAGCAAUCAAUAAGAAAAUGGACAGCAUAGACGUUAGUGGGGGCGCAGUUACGGGUGGCGGGGGUGGUAACGAGGUUUCAGAUGAUGUUGCUCAACCACAAUGUAUGGCUAAAAGUUUUGCAGGGUUUUUGGCUACAGCCAGCAUGUAUGCUGGGAUGGACGAGUUGAGGGAGGAGGAAGAAGAGAGCAACAGUAGCGAUGAAGUGGAGCUGUUGAAUGAUGCGGCAACUACGAUUCUUGAUGCGUCAUCGCAAGCAGACAGGACGUUGUUUGAUUUUUCCAUUGAGAUGAAUCAGGAUGCAUUGUCUCAGCCCAGUACCGCUUCCAAGUCCAGAAAGGAUCUCGUUAGAGAGAAGCUACUCAAAAAGUUUAUCCCUGAUGAGGAUGAGCAUUACGUUGAGGAGUUCCCAUGCUGGUUGUUGAGAGAUAUCAUGAUUCAAGGCCAUAUAUACUUGACGAAUAAGCACCUUUUUUUCUUUGCGUUCAUACCGAAUUUUGAGAAUGACUUCCACUUGAGUGGCUCGUUGCAAUUUGUGAGUGGGUCUUCGUUGGGUAAAUCUCACCGUUAUUGGGUUGUUUUGAAGGGUCGCACGUUGACUUUCCAUGGAUCUUCCACGGAUUUGUACUUCCCGUUGUUGGCAAUAGACAUAAAGGAUAUUCAAUACGCCAAAAUCUCGGCUAGAGAAGCACAUUAUGCGAAAUUUGAGAUCAAGGUGAAGAAUGAUGUGAUUGAACUACGUGCUGACUCCUUCCACUCUGCGAGACAUUGGGUGAGCAGUAUAAAGAAACAGAUAUUUGCUUCUCAGCAUUCUGAUACAAAUACUAUCACCGUUAAGAUCCCAUUGCAAAACAUCGUUGACCUAGACGAAAAUGCUAUCUUGGAUCAGAGCGGUACACUCAGAAUUAAAGCUCUUGAGAAUACAUCCGGUUAUGCCAUAGAUGAAUACUUCUUCGUGUUUUUCCAGGGAAGCGCAAGAAAGAUGAAGAAUAAGAUCAAUAGUUUGUUGAAAGACUUGGAAUUAAGCGGUUCUCAAAUACUGAUCGACUUCAAAAAAGUGGAAUCUGCAACAGAUUUGAGCAACAGCGGGAAAAAUGCUGACAGCAAGAAAAAUAGUUCAGAUCUUUUAGUCGACUCGGUUGAAGAUGCUGGUUCCGUCAUGGACAAUGAUAUGGCAGCUUCCACUGCACCAUUAUCCGCUCCCAUUUCGGAAUUACCCACGUCUGACACUGGCCAUGUAUCUUCCGCAUAUCCUAAGAGAGUCAAGAAGAGGAUAAAAUCAAUGGCGAGUAGCUUGAGGUUAACUUCCCCAAAUAAACUAGAACGACUAGAAGAUGAUAUUAUUAUUGAGCACUAUUCUCCUGGAAUAAUUCACGACCCAUCAGUCGAAGUAGAAGUAGAACCAGAUAAGGAUUCGAAAUCAAUAAUAUCCAGAUUCACUCCCAAGAAGUUCCAAAAUAUUCCUACGAUGUGGGCGGCAGACCCGGUUCAUUUCAAUGUCAAAAAUGAUGCAUACUUCCCGCUUGACGAUAAGUAUGCUGCAGACGCAAAUGAUUCAGAACACUCGGAUAAAAGGUUUAAGUUCCACUUCUCAUUUGAUAAUACAGUGACACUCUUGGCCAGCUAUCAUGGUUAUCUCAAUAGGAACAUGCCCGUAUAUGGUAAGAUUUAUAUUUCAGAUAAAAAUAUUUGCUUUCGUUCACUCUUGCCAGGCGUUAAUACAAAAAUGGUGUUGCCAUUGGAAGACAUUGAGAACUGCAGCAAAGAAACGGGCUUCAGGUUUGGCUAUUUUGGUUUGGUAAUUGUGAUACAGGGACAUGAGGAACUAUUUCUAGAAUUCAGUAAUAAGAAUGCCAGAGAUGAUUGUGAAUUCGUUCUAAUGAAAACAAUGGACAUCAAUGGUCAUACAAACACGGAAAGGAAGAAAAACGCGCGAUUAGAUUCCAUACACAAGAUAUCCGAAGCAGCAAAUCUCAAGCUUUUAGAAGAGAAAAUCAGUGAGCAAGGGUAUGAUAUACCCUUAAUUGUUGAAAAGAAUCCAUACUUUACAACAACAAUCAAACCAAACAAGAGUUACAAAUUCGGACUUCUCACUAUUGGUUCUAGAGGUGAUGUCCAACCAUACAUCGCUCUAGCAAAAGGUUUAAUGGCAGAAGGACAUACUGUUGUACUCUUGACACACCUUGAGUUUAAGGAUUGGAUUGAAUCCUACGGUAUAGAGUUUAGGGAAAUAUCCGGAAAUCCAGCAGAGUUAAUUUCCCUAAUGGUUCAACAUGGAUCAAUGAACGUAGGAUUAUUGAGAGACGCGUCUGCGAACUUUACAGGUUGGAUUGGUUCGUUAUUACAAAGCGCUUGGGAGGGUGCUCAAGGUAUUGAUAUUCUUAUUGAAUCCCCGAGUGCUAUGGCUGGUAUUCAUAUUGCAGAAGCUUUGGAAAUACCUUAUUUCAGGGCAUUUACAAUGCCUUGGACUAGAACUAGGGCAUAUCCGCAUGCUUUUAUUGUACCGGACCAAAAACGUGGUGGUAGUUAUAACUACUUCACUCAUGUUCUUUUCGAGAAUAUAUUUUGGAAGGGUAUUAGCGGUAAAGUUAACGAAUGGAGAGAGAAAACUUUGAAUUUGCCUAAAACUAAUCUUUUCACCAUGCAACAGAAUAGGGUUCCGUUCCUUUAUAAUGUAUCUCCUACAAUCUACCCACCAAGCAUUGAUUUCAAUGAAUGGAUCAAAGUGACAGGAUAUUGGUUCCUCGAUGAAAAGCUUUCUUACGAUCCCCCUCCCGCAUUUGUAAGCUUUCUCAAGAAGGCUCGUGAAUUGAAGAAGAAGAUUGUUUACAUUGGGUUUGGUUCAAUUGUUGUAAAUGAUCCCCAAAAAAUGACAGAUACUAUAGUCGACGCCGUUUUGGAAGCAGAUGUUUUCUGUGUAUUAAACAAGGGUUGGUCGAACAGAUUUGGAGAUAAAGAUGCGAAAGCAAUUGAUAAGGAACUACCAGCAUGCAUAUACAAUUCAGGUGAUGUGCCUCAUGAUUGGUUGUUUACCCAGAUAGAUGCCAGUGUCCAUCAUGGUGGAUCGGGUACCACAGGUGCAUCGUUACGGGCUGGGUUACCAACUAUUAUUAAACCAUUUUUUGGAGAUCAGUUCUUCUAUGCUAGCAGGAUUGAAGAUAUAGGUGCAGGGGUAGCUUUAAAGAAAUUGAAUAAAACCUCAUUAGCAAAGGCUCUUACAGAAGUCACGACAAAUACUAGAAUAAUUCGCAGAGCAAAACAUAUUGGUGAGUUAAUAUCAAAGGAGCAUGGAGUUGAAACAGCGAUAAGCUGUAUCUAUUCAGAAUUGGGAUAUGCGAGAAGUUUAAUUAAGAAGAAGUCAGAAACAAGUAGUUACGAAAAUCUCGCUUCUACUGAGGACUUCUCAACGGAUCAUUCUGAUUCAGAUGCAAGACGCAUUCCUACCGAACAAGAAGAACUGAGUGAACCUAGUACGGAAGAAAGUGGUGCUUCAAAUGAUGGGUCAUGGUUACUGGUGUAA